AGUCAUCGAACUCUGGAGUAGCCGCACCAUGGAUAAUAAUGUAUGUGCCAAUCCAUCAAGCCAACGUGAGAUAAAUGAAAGCUUGCAGGCUAUUGCGCGUUAUCAAGUCAAAGGAAUGGGCCGUAAAAAAUGCAUUGAACGUUACGAUAAGACGGGAGCUGAAUAUGAAGCGCACGCGAGUGUCAUCAACUACCAAGGACCGUACGAGCUGGCUCGCACUAUGGAAGAGUUGUUUCCUGAGAACCGAGACCAGACGAAGAUUCUCGAUGCAGCGUCCGGUACUGGCCUUGCUGGAGUGGAGUUGUUUAAAGCAGGAUUUACACACCUUGAUGCUGUUGAUGCGUCGGAGGGAAUGUUGGCUCUAGCGAAAACGAAAAACAUCUAUCAGCGACUGAUCUGUGAAUACCUGGGUGAAAAUAAAUUAGAAAUCAAGGAUCGUAUCUAUGACGCUGUAACAAUGUGUGGAGGUAUAGGAGAAAACCACGUCCCUUAUUCUGCAUUCGAGGAACUCCUGUCUGUAAUAAAACCAGGUGGCGUGUUUGUGAACGUAACACGAGCGGAACACUCUGAAAAGGUUGACGAAUACCGAGACAAGGCGCUGCCUCUCUUUGAGAAACUCGCAGAGGAAGGAAAAUGGAAACUGGAAAUGAAGAGAAAAUUUCCCGACUUUAUAGCUGGAGUAGAAGGAGUUCUUUCCGUGUACAGAGUUCUGUAAAUAAACCAAUGCAGAACGAUA